UAAAUCAAAUUAAAUAAUAUUAUUGUUCAAGUGAAGUUUUUGUUUUUAAAAAUAUUUAUAUUAAUAUUACCUAUAUAAAAAAUUUAAAAAAAAAAAAACACAAUCAGAAAUAUAACACGUGAAUAACCUCAAAUUAAUAAAUACAUAGUGUGCAUUAAAAUUUAAAAUUUAUUUGUUGUUGAAUAAAAAAAACAAAAACGAAAAAACAAGUUUCAUAGUGAAAAAAUAUAAAAUAAAAUAAAAUGGGUGCAACAUUGAGACCAAGAGAUGCUGAUAUUGAUCCACCAGGAAGUGCCAUUCGACUUCACAAUUGGAUAACAUUGGUUCGUAAAAAGAAGAUGAAAUAUGUGUGCAGUAGACGCAGAAAUAUACGAGUUGAGGCUGUAUUGAGUCAUGCCUUAACCCAAGCACAAGAAGAGCUGCGCAUUAAACAAAUUAAUCGUUUAUACAAGUGGCAACACCUUAAAAAAUUGAUUGCCGAUAAAGAAAGAUGCAAUCGUUCAAAUACUGAUUACGAUGGUGAUGAUGAAAAUAAUAAUAAUAAUACCAACAACGAGUGUAACAACAAUAAUAACAAUAAUAAUAAUAAUAAUAAUAGUCAAGAUGUCAAAAAAAAUAUAUGGUCAAAUGAUUUGUAUCCUGAAUUAUCAAGUCUUGAUUCAUUCAUGUCUAAACUUAGUGAAAUUAAAUCACCAAUUCAACGAUGAACGUUUGAAUAACUUACUCUUGAAAAAAUAUUAAUUAAAUUAUUGCAAUUUUUUUAAAUAUUUCAAUCAACAAACAAAUAAAUCAAAAACAAUCAUCAACUUUAUUAUACGUAUAUUUGAAAAUAAACGAAAAAUAAUAAUAAUAAUAAAUAAAUAAAUUGUCAUCAUCGUCAUCAUCUUGAUCAUCAGCUCCAGUUCCAACUACAGCAGCAUCAUCAUCAUCAUCGUCGUCAUCGUCAACAACAACUUUCUUAAUUGUGCAAACUAAGAGAUAUAUAAUAAUAUUUUCUUGUUGCUCUUAGUCGCAUGGAAAAUGUCCAAAUUUACCAAUUGAUCCAAAGUGUAUUAUCUGGAUAUUUUUUAA